AUGGCAACUUCAGCUGUACAAGAACUGCGUACUCCCCCGUUUACUUCCUCCUCCGACCCACCUCCACUUUUUGAUGGAACCACAAGGUUGUACAUGUCUUAUACAUGCCCAUUUGCGCAACGUGUAUGGAUCACUAGGAAUUAUAAGGAGCUUCAAGACAAAAUCAAAUUGAUUCCUAUCGAUCUAGCAAAUAUUCCUGCUUGGUAUAAGGAGAAAGUCUACCCUCCAAAUAAGGUGCCAUCCUUGGAGCACAAUGGCAAGGUUAUUGGUGAAAGUCUUGACUUAAUCAAAUAUGUGGAUGCCAACUUUGAGGGAAUAUCUCUAUUUCCAAGUGACCCGGCAAAGAGAGAAUUUGGUGAGCAAGUGAUGAUCCACAUUGAUGAGUUGACCAAAAAUAUUUUCUCUACAUUCAAAGGAGAUCCUAUACCAAAAACUAGUGCUUCUUUUUAUUACAUUGAGAGUGCUCUAGGUAAAUUUAAUGACGGGCCAUUUUUCCUCGGCCAAUUUAGCUUGGUGGAUGCUGCCUUUGCUCCAUUUCUUGAAAGAUUCUUAAUUGUAUUUCCUGAUGUGUAUAAGCAUGACCUUACAACAGGGAGGCCUAAUCUAGCAGCAUAUAUUGAGGAGCUGAAUAAGAUCGAUGCUUAUACACAAACAAAGCUUGACGCUAAGGCAUUUCUGGAAAUGUUCAAAAAACGAUUUUUGGCUCAGCAAUGAACAUUGCAAUACUGGAAUUGGAUG